CUCGAAGUACCGUACUUUUUUCAAACAAACGUACAGUGCGGGAUUAGUAUCCCGCAACCCACUCACAAAAAUCGACAGUUACAAAACACAAUUACUAUCCAUGACGCCGAAGAUCAUUGUACCACGAUUCUUGCAGAACGAUUCUCGGAGAUAACAGCAUAUAAACUGGGUCGAUAGCAGCAGCACAAUACACAAGCAAGAGCGUCCCGCAUAAUGUUUAGAGGAGUACGACGAAGUAGUCGGCUUACUAGAAGCAAUCAGUCUCGGAGCCCUGCUUCCAAAAGGCGAGCUUUGAGUGGAGGCGCUAUGUCAGGGCUUGACGACAUUAGAAAUGAAUGGAAGAUUGUAGGAAGUACGCACAACAAGGAAUCGAGCGAAGAAGAAAAUGACUUUGUCACUCCAGUAGAGUCUUUCUCUAAAACCAGUGAACGAUUGAAUAAGGGAGAACGCAGUACAACAUUUAAAAAAAAAGGGAAGCAAAGGACAUUGUUCAGUUCUAUGAAAAAAGUACAACAUCAAGCGGAAAGUAGCAAGAGAUCAUGGGAGAAUGAGGAGUUUGGACAAGAAAUAGUACUUGUAAAUAGUCCAGCAGUAAAUCCAAAUAUUGCAGUACAAAGAUCACAACACCAAAAGGCCAAUGACGGAGCAAAGAGGGGUCGCAGGAAAAUAACUGUUGAGAAGGGUAGUGGUGGAACUUUAAAAGAAGUAAAGGUCAAGAAGCCAAGAACAUAUGAUAACUAUAUACAGAAGAAGUUUUCCCCGUCAAUAAUGUCUGACGUACUUGGAAACUUGUCCGAUGAACAAAAAGAUUGGGUAACGAAUACAGGUUUCGCUGAUAUUUUGGGUUUUAGGAUGGUUUGGUACACACACAAAUUGGGAUACAAUGUGGUUACUGCAUUUAACAGCGAGGAAUGUUGUCUUGACUUGAAAGCUGGAAAGGUUGCAAUUACUGAUCAAACAGUGAGGAGUGUGCUAGGUUUGCCAAUGGGAAGUGAGGGUAUCAAAUCCAAGGAUGAGAAAGAGAGGCUGAUUUUGUGGGGCAAACAAUUUCAAGGGUGUGCGGGUUCUGAAAUCACCCCUUUGAUGUUGAGCAAUAGAAUUAUGGGGAAUCGUGAAGCGGACACAGAUUUUAAGCUAAACUUCCUAGUUCUGUUGUACAACUUCUUUUUUGAGGGGCAGCAGAACAGGUUUUUAAAUCGUGAUGUCCUGCGCUAUGCAUUCGAUCUAGACAAUUGCGGCAGGUACAACUGGUGUAGACUGCUAAUAGAAAGGAUGCAGGUAACACAUAAUUACUGGGCAGCUGAGAAGAAGCGUUACUUUACAGGAUCCUUACCAUUCCUCAUUUAUCUAUAUGUUAGCAAAGUGAGGAACCCGGGAACGGUUUAUAUUCUACCAUCGUAUCCAGCCUACAAAGGGUGGUCAGACAGGCUUCUUCGUGAGAGGCAGAAAUAUGAUGCGACCCACGAUUGCUUUGGAGUUGGUAAUUUAGUAACACUGAAGGACAAGCCAGAUGGAAGUGCAAAGUCCACAAAUGCAGCUCCUGCAGACGAAAAAUUGAAGAAUGCAGUUGCUGAACAGAUGGAAGUUAUACUCUUAACGGACAAGGGACAGUUGGAUGGUUUGGCCGACAAUAAUGGAAAGGAAAACUACAUCGACCACACUAAGAAAGAAGAUGAUGUUUUUGUGGAGGAUUCUUUUAAACUAGAUGAUGAGUGUGUGCAUGACGGCUGGGAGGACGGGGUGAAUCAAGCUGAAGAACACAAUUAUGCUGAGAAAUACAUCGAGCACGAUAAGAGUUUGGAUAGGGUUUUCUUGGAGGAUUCAUCUAAACCCGAUGGUGAGUGUUUAGAUAAAGGUUGCGGUGAAAGAUUUCUUAUUAAAGAGAAACAUGAAGAGAAUUCCUCGCACAGCCGCAUAACUAGUGUCUUUAUCCAGGAUAUGCACAAAGGAGCUACCGAUAAGGACUCCAAAGCAGGAAGAUCACCUGAAUUAAAUGAUGCACAAGGCGUAGUAAUGGAAACUCCGAUUAAUGUUGCGACAAAAACCAAGACUGCACUCUCCAACAACGAGUUGUUGCAGGGAAGGGAGCCGGUGGCAGACGAUGUGAUUGAGACUCAUUUUGAUGAAACUGAGUAUGUGAAGCAAUUUAAACAAAAAAUGGCCGAGUUGUCCAAGCUAUACGACACAUGCUUGGACAGAUAUGAAGUAUCAUAUGCUCUGUACCCAGAUAAUUCGGUCAUCCAGGAAAUGAAGACAGAAUAUGCAUACUUCUUCAAGUUAUUUCACGAGACAACUCCACUUUCCAAAAAACUGUUUACACUUGUAGAUAAUGGAAAAGACAUGGGAAGAAGAUCACCUUUGGAGGAUUCAGCAUUUGUUCCAAGCUUCUCAUUAGGAGUGUCACAAGUGACACCAAAGAAACUGGUGAAUGACAUGGAAGGAAUCCAAGUAGCUCGUGAGGGUGACCAACUUAAUGUAAGCGGGAAUGUUGGAUUCAUAAGACCACGACGAGAGACUAAAGUGUCUCAGAUUUGUCGUUCUCCAUUUGUUAGCAGAGUGGUGGAUAUAAGUACUCAUUCAGUAAACGGGGAGGAGAGCAGAGUUUGGGAUUGGUUGUUUUCAAACAAAAGAAAUAAAAAGGAACACUUGUUCGAGUGGAAUAAAAGGAUGUGUACAAAGGCACACUUCCAAUCUUUGGAGGACAACAAAAUGGUAGAGACCACGGUUAUUGAUGCUUGGACGUGUCUCCUGAAUGAAAAUGAGAUCCUGAGAUCCGAUGCAUCACCACUGCGUUUGUUUCUGAACACGGAGACCACGUACGGACCAAUGAAUAUGGUUGUUAAUGAUGGGGAUAUACAUGGCGUUUUAAAGCGCAGGGCUGUUUUCAAUGACAAUAUAGAAGUUGUACUAGAAAUGGUAAAUGGAAUCCACAACCGGAUUUAUGGCGUUCAAGACUUUGAUAUGUUUGUGUUCCCAAUAUAUAAUGCAACACAUCAUUAUAUAAUCUGUUAUAACAUGAAGAAGCCAAGUUGGGAAAUUAUAGAUAAUAGGGUGCAAACGACUAGUUUUGCUGAUAUGUUUGGAGAUCUACCGUUUCGUUUGCAUGACUGCUUUUGUGAUUGGAUUUCAAUAUACAAUCUGCCAAAAGGAGAGGAGAUUGCAAAGACAAAUCCAAGAGUUGUGAGGUUGGGAUGGCAGACGACUGAAAACUGGAUAGAUUGUGGCGUCUAUGUGAUGCGCCACAUGGAGACAUAUAUGGGAAGCUUGUAUAGAUGGAGUGCGGGACUACGCGCUGAAGAUGGAAAAGCAAGAGAUUUGCUAAAGAAGCUGAGAAUGAUCUACUGCCACAAAAUACUGACGUGGAGCGGAAACAAGUAUAGGCAAAUGAUAAUGCGCAAUGUUGCAAGCUUUAUCAAGGACAAGAAGGCUGCAUUAAGACAGCUUUAGAAUUUGUUAUCUGUAGAAGAAAACAAAAGCCAAAAUAAGAUUAUAAAUGUUUGAGCUAUGGUCUGGAUCCUUGCAAUCUGUUUAUAUUUUAAACUUGUUGAUGCUCUCUAGUACUUUGCUAUGAACCCAAUAUUAGUGUUUGGACCAAUUAUCUGGAUGUUAUUGUCUUUGAGUUUUUAAUGCAAAGGAUCUGUUGGUUUGCAUAA